ACAAUAUUUAUAAAACCGAGAUGAGUAAUCAGGAGCGGCACGGAGCGUCAUCAACAUCCUCAACCGCAAGGCAUUCGAGGCAGCCCGAGCAAGGCUCAAAUGUUGGUGCAGCAGAUGCUGCAUCAGCUAUACAUAACAUCAUAGAGGUGCUCAACCAGUCGCUGGGUAAAACCAGCACGAGGCAGAGUCAGAAUCAAGGGCAGCGCUCAGGACAGUGCCAGACUGUGGACCAAGAGAUGGCCAGGUCUUUCCCAGGGUUUUUUAAGCGGGGGUCCAAAAGGCAUUUACCCAGCUGUAGUAAACCAGCCAAGUUCAUAAAAGCUUGGAAACCAUUUGUGUUUUCAGCGUUCCUUUUAAAUAAAAAUGUAGAAAUGACCCCUUCAUCAGCUGAGGAGCUGCAACACAUGCAGGCUGGACUGGGGAAACGACAUCUGUCAAUGACUGAUGAUUUGACUCAUUCAGAGGUUUCCAGCUUGUUUUGUGAUACCUUCCCCAAAAUGAAGUCAGCAUCUAGAGGAUGGCUCCUCUACAAGGCAUCUGGUACUAUUUGGGACACCACUACAAGUUUUAAGUGCAAGUUACAGAGAUUCAGAGAAUCACACAAUGCAACUAGUUUCAUGUAUAUAUUUGUUUAUGUACGUAUAAAUAGGUUGGUAUAG